CGCAAGAAUGUCACUUGUCAGUGUGGUGAGGGUGGUAUAUACUGGUGGACAACAAUUGAUCCAUUACUCGUCGAUUACUUAUCAUUCAGGGCAUGUAGCAGCUGUCGCGUACCCGUUAAACCGUCCCACAGCCCUCCGCAAUGAUGACAACAGCAUUAUCAUCGUGACUACUAACAACACCGUAACCAAUACUCCAUAAAUUACCAUAAAUAUUUCAAACAUGGCACAAAUACCAUCCACGGAUGAUCUACCCAAGAGUUUUCUAUCAGCAAUGAGGACACUGUUCCGAAUAAUGGAUGAUCAAAAUUCGGGUUACGUCAAGUACUCGGAUAUCGAGGAGCGGUGGCAGGAUGAUGGUACCCAGGGUUUGCCCAAGGGUGUUCUGGAGAGUUUGAAAAAACUUACACCACCGAAUGGGCUGUUGUCCUUCGACAGAUUCUGCGCUGGGCUCAAGAUGUGUCUGCUUCAGAUAAAAAAUGAUACCGAUGUGAAGGAGAGUCAUAUGAAUCGAGAAACUGGACAACCGAAUAGACCCCCAUCAGCCCCAUUCCUCACUGGUGAUAGCCAGGGAAAAACUCCCUGGACAUCCCCAAAUACAGCUGCCAUACGUCCCAACAAUGCCAAUGCCAUUUCUCAGCAGAGAACCCUCAGCAUGCCUCAGCUAAUUACAGGAAAAAAGGAAACUGUGAGUAACUCCUAUCAUCACUAUCACAACCAUCACCAUCACUAUGGAGCCAGUAACAACGAUAAUCCAGGCAAUUGCAAUCCAAUGCCAUUAGACAAUAUCGAGGGUAGGAGUAAUCAGGAGUUGAAAGUUGUCAAGCCACUGGGACCACCAAAACCCCCAAGAACAGGGGCUGCUAAUUUUGAUAAAUCAGAAAUAAGAACAGCUCUUCAGAAUUGGCAGAUGGGGCUCAUGAUGAGUGAUGGGGACAAGUGCAUUGAUAAAUCUAGGCAAAUCGUGACAAAUGGUAGUAGUUAUGGGGUAGACUCUAGGUGUUUGAGCUCGUUGAGACCUCAGAGAAUUCUCGGAGAUGGCAAGGCUGGGGAGAUCCAUAAUAAUGAAAUUGGAAUUCCUUUGAAGAAGAACACCGUGCGCAGGAGAGAGCCUAGGAGACAUACGUUACAGAAUGGCAUUGAUUAUAACUUGGUGAAAAGGAUGAAACAAAUCGAACAAGAGAGAGAUGUACUGCUUCAAGGCCUCGCAGCCGUUGACAAAGCGAGGGAGUGGUAUUUGAAGCAGAUUUCAGUGACUCAGGAGAAGAUCAGACACCUGGGGAAUAUGGGCUCCCACGUGGAACAGUGGACAGAAGCCCAACAAGAGCGUUUAGAACUUCAGAGAGCUAGAGUUUUAGAAGUGAAUCGUCACUUAGCAGCUCUGAUAACGAGCUGGGAACGAGGUGGACUGCCAAUGCACAUGAAUCUCGCGUUCUUGAGUACCCCCAGUUCGGCGCAAUUGAGUCAAGAUAUGAUGGCGCGAUUGAAGCAACAGAAUCGUAGAUUAACCGAAGAGGUGAGCAAGAAAGGCCACAAAAUAGUUCUCCUUGAACAGGAGAAAGAGAAUUUAAUGCGGGAGUUGUACAGUCGUCAAUCGGGAAUGAUCCAGUCUCGUCGAUCUACAAUGAUCCACGAGCAGCACGAUCAGACAUUCAUGUAAGAAUCUAGAAAGCCUUGAAAAUCUACAUCAUAAAAAUGUACAUUCCAAUUGAGCUAUUGACUGCCAGGACACAGGGUAAAAUCAGCUAUUUUAAGUGCUCUGCAAUCUUUGUAAUCCGUCCAAUGAAUUAUGAAUGUUAUAACUAUAACAAUUUUCUAUUAUUUUCUCAGAUUAUAAAUUAUUAAACUAAUAAACAGAGUAUACAACGAA